AUGCUGUUUUUUUUCUUAUUUAUAUCAGGGGCUGCUUUAACAUGUUUUCACUGCAACCAUACCGCGUCACCUAAAGAUUGUAGAACGGUUGUCCAAUGCGGAGAUCGACAGGAAUGUUUUGUCGAGAAAAUUGAAACAGACGACGGCAAUGCAUACUUCAAUACUGGAUGUAGAGACAAACAGAGAUAUCUUGCGAGUCAAAGGAAACCCGUUGUAGCUAGACUGCGAAAUGCCUUCGAGACAAAAGUUUGUGAUUCUACUUGCAGCGAAGAUCAUUGCAAUUACGGUGGCUGUGGUGUAGAUCCUCUUCCAGAAAGAGACCAACGAGGACCAAUAUGUUAUGCUUGUGCCAUGAUGAAAGAUCCAUACCACUGUAACCAAGUUCAAAUGUGUAGCCGGGAUGAGCUCUGUGAGAUAGUGAAGACCCCACAUAUCAUGUUUGAUAUCACGUAUACAGCGAAAUGUGGUACUAAAGCACUGUGUGACAGACUAAGUAGUUUAUCACAUACGUUUGGACGAAGUCUUGAGGCAAAUAGUGCAGUGAAUAAAAGAGGUUUUUCAUUGUGCUUCCGUUGCUGCAAAGAAGAUCGUUGCAAUCUAGGCUGUACAGUUCCAAAUGUGACCACUACUGCAAGUAGCGCCACCACAACACCUGUUGCAACUGUAAUGUCAUCUACACCUCCUCACACACACUUAGCAAAUAAUUCCACAAAUCAUGGUUGCCUUCCAGACUAUAUAUUUUACGGAUCUUCCUGUUAUUACUUUUCAAAGACAGCGCUGUAUUGGGAACCUGCAAAGCAGUUUUGUAGACAUCAUGGCAGUGACCUCGUUAUACUUAACGAUGCAACAGAAAACAAUCUCAUAGUCCAGCAUAUUAAACAGUUAGUUGCUCAACAUUUAUUACCAAGUGAUUUGUGGGGUUUCUACAUUGGUGCACAUCUAGUUAACGGAACAUGGAAAUGGGUAGACAACUCUACAGUGACGUAUGCCGACUGGGCUACAGGGGAACCAGAUCAUCCGACAUCACAGAUAUACGGAUCCAUGUAUAUACCAUCAUCAACGUUUUAUAACUAUCAGUGGGCUAGCCAUAAAGACAUGUAUACCACACAAUAUUUUAUUUGUGAAUUUAGACCAAUACCAUGAAUAUAUGUAUACCAUUAAACCAUUCAAAACAUG